AUGAACAAAGACUCAUUGCGAAAAAUGUCAACUCCUAAGAGUGUUAAAACGAGCAAACAAGAAGAUACAAUUUCUGAUAUUGAAAUUAUACGGAGCCUUUUAUACUGUUUCCAAGGAGUUGAUAGCCAUUGGAUAGAAUUCAAUCAAAACGAAAAACAAUUUAUUGUUACAGCACCAUUAGACUUUUACCAGACUAGCAAAGUGAAUCGGCUAAUAGAACUUGGAUAUCUUCAUAACAUUGUGCAAGAAUAUAUUGAAAACAACAAUGACAACAAGAAUGGCUCAGUAGCUUCAGGAAUAGCGCACUGUUUGCAUGAGGAACUAUGUAUUUACUAUGACAGUAUUAACAAAUUGCAAAAAGAGGUUAAUGAAGCAUACGAUACAUCCAAAGAAUAUUCACUCGGAAAUUUAUUGUGUUGGUCUGUACUUUGGUUAGGACAAUUACAGGAUUUGGCAUAUACAGUUAAAAUGAUUGAUGGUACUAAACGAGGUGGUGAGCUAGUAUCUGUUAUUGCACCAUUUGCAUACUGUGCUAAUCCCUAUUUACAACAAAUGGCUACUAAUAUGAUUAAAGUUGCAACUAGACCAUUAAUGAUGAUAAUGUGUCAUUGGAUGGUUGACGGAGAGCUUUUAGAUAAUUAUGAUGAAUUUUUUAUUUAUCAAUGUCCAGACAUAAAUAAUCUUGAUAUGUGGAACAAUCGAUACACGAUUAGGGAAUCUAUGGUUCCAGCUUUUUUUACUAAAGAAGAUGUUAAUAGAAUUUUUCGUACUGGUAGGUAUAUAAAUUUUCUACAUACAAUUUGUAAGAGUAAACCCGAUUUAACACCAUCCAGGAAAACUCUAAAGGAUCUUCGAAAUUCUGGGGAUAAAGAUUUAUUUCCAAUGUUAGAACAAGGUAGCAUUAUUUCUGAUUUGAUUAACAAGGCUUGUACAGAAUCUUCAACUGUAGUACUGGAUAUUUUAAAAGAAAAGUUUAAGUUAUUUUUACACUUCGAGGGACUUCGACGUUAUAUGCUCUUAGGACAAGGAGACUUUGUCACAAGUUUGUUAGAAAUUCUCCAGCCUCAUUUAGAUAAAUCUUCAGGUACACUUGGUCCUCAUACAUUUAGAAAUUUUUUGGACACUGCUGUAAGAAUGAGCAAUGCUCAAUAUGAUGAACCUACAAUACUGAAAACACUGGAUGUAAAAUUAUUGCUCACAUCUGGAGAAGAUUGUGGAUGGGAUAUAUUUCAAUUGGAUUAUUCGACUGGUGGUCCUUUGGAAACUAUUUUUGAGUUCAGCGGAAGUGGAAGGUAUUCAAUUAUGUUUGUGUUUUUGUGGCGUCUUAAAAGAAUAGAUUUUGUGCUGUCUCAAAUGUGGAGGGAAUUGAAUUUACAGAUUAAAACUUCAUACCACAUAGUUCCAGAAAUACGAUAUGCCUUGAAGUGGACCAACAACCUGGUAGCAGAAAUGGUACACAGUGUACGACAAAUACAGUUUUACGUACUAUCUGAUGUCAUAGAAACUGAAUGGGAACACUUUCGAGAGGCUAUUAAUAAAGCGUCCUUGUUGGAGACAGUGAUCGAAGCGCAUAACCACUUCUUGAAAAAUAUCUUUAAGAGAUCCGUACAAACCGAAGAAACUCAUGAUUUAUCCAAAAAAAUGCGCCAAUUAUUCGAAUCUGUGUUGGAACUCCGGGGCAUUCAAGAAAGGUUUCACAGCCAAUCUGAGCAUGAACUGAAUAGACGUAAAGACUUAGAAAAAUAUAUUGAAGAGCAUGGUACUUGCAAUGAAAUUGAGAACAAUGAUGCAGAAGCAAAAGAGGCGUUCUUGUUGGAAGUUGACAGAUAUGAAAGUAUCAUCAAAGAGAUUAGUAAUUCUUAUAAGAUUGAUUUAGUGAAAUUUUUGAAAAAACUCAUUAAAGUAUCGACUGAUGACCAGGAAGCUUUACACUCGUUGGCCAACCGUAUAAACUUCAAUAAGUACUACAGUAAAACCGAUCAAGAUUUAGAGAAGUGUGCCACCUAUAUAUGUAGAUCUCACAAAUAGUCAUUAAUAAAUUAUAUGGCAUCACAUGCCUUACAUGUCUUCUUAUUGUAUAAAAAUUAACUAAUGAUGUAACACUUAACAUAAAUAAUUUAAGUUUGUAAUUAACAUUUAAUUGUUAUUGAAUACAUUUUUUAAUUGCUAGGAAAUAAUAAAA